CGUAGCCGAGGCUCCCCCACUACCUCCGCCAGCAACCUGUUGGUGACCAUGGCAGACACUCAGGAAGGACCUGAGAUGCGAACAACGGUUCAGCCAGUCGGUGAGUGAAGUACAACGGUGUCGGACGUGCACGUGGAGCGCUGUUGCGUCUUGGAUAUGAAAACUUCAAGAAGUGCUUGAAGGUCUGAUAGAACAUACCGCUACAACUAACUACGAGGAGUAACAGUUCCAUCCUGGAUUUUUCGGUGUAUGUGAUAGUGAAAAAAGGUUUUAUAGAAUAUGGUAAAUUCUUCGUUCGCCUAUAAGUGUUAUUUUAUUUAUUUCAAUGUUUCCGAAUGAUUGUCAAACGAAUGUUAUGAACCAACAGUACUGUGAAAAUGACCUUAUAUUUACGGUGACCUAACUCAGUGCAAAAGUUGUACUCGUAUAUUUCGUAAACUGUUCACUCUGUUGCACGUAGUUUCUUUCUAGGAAGACCGUGUCUUCACACCAAUGUCUUCGUGCACAGUGUUCGGACAAACCAAUGUUCUAGGUCGAUAUUGUUGUGGUUAAGAAGAAUCCGUGUGAUUUGCCUGCACACAUCAAGUGAUUUUUUUUCGAGCAUUCUUGUGGAAUAAACCUUACAAAGGCACAGCAAGAUGCCGAAGAUAUUUUUGAUCAAGAACCGACUUCAUCUGCAACAGCAGCGGCUGCUGGAAUCUCAGAAGCGCUCCGAGGAUGCCCUCACGCCGCCCGGCUCGCCCCUUUCCGAUUGCCAGCCUCUGCCGCUGAUCGUCAAUAGAACUGCAGAUCGUGCCCAAUGCAAACAAGAUGAAGAACGUUUCUUUCCUCGGCCACUCACUCCUGAUAGCAACAGAUCUGCUUCACCAGCAAGUCCAAAUACCAAAGUAAAUCCAGUUGCUGAGAUUGUUCCCAACAGUACAACACCUAGGCGUUUCACUUCUUCAAUCUGUGGAGGUGAUGCACCAUAUGGAAGCCGAGGACACAUUUUGACACGAGCAGAGAGGAAAGAGUAUCUGCCUUCGGUCAAUGGUUCUCUUACUCCCCCGCCACCACCUGCUCCACCUCUGCCCUCUUCUUCUCCGACACCAACCAAACCACGCUGUCAACAAGUUUCUGUAAUUCAAAGAACACCAUCUGUGCAGUCCACUUCAGUGAAACCUGAAAAAGAUGAAGACAGUAAGGAAGAAGAUGUUUCCAUGGUUAUACAAGAACCUGAGCAGGAAGCACCCAUUGAUUAUCAUAUACCAAAGAAAGAUGGAGAUAAACAACAGUGUGACAAAGAUGAAAAAGAGAGAGAAAUCAGGAGAAACUUGACUCUGCGAAUUGCAAGUAACAUGAAAUGGGGCUUACUUCCACCCCUAAUUUUGGGUCGACAUUUGAACAGCAGUAACAAUGUUACACCAAGAUCAGCUGCUGCAGGACAUGGUCACAGCAACAGAAGUAGUGGAGGGAACUCGGGAGGGGGAGGGCAUCAAGGAGGGAGUGGCAAUCACAGUUCAUCAUCAAUGCCUUAUAGUGGAGGCGGUGGUACACUAGGUGGUGGCGGUAGUGGUGGCGGUGGUGGAGGCAUGUUAGGAGGGGGAGGAGGAGGUAGCCCAGGGGGUGGUGGGUCAAUGAAUCCUGGAGGAGGAGGUAGAGGCUCGAAUAUUUAUGGACCAAGUAGCCCUCCUACUGGAUCUCUGCCACCAUUCUACGAAACUUUAAAGGGUGGUGGUUUAGGUGCAUUCAAUAGCAAUCAACAUUACAUAUCAAAUGGGAACAAUAAUUAUUCUGUGAUGUCAGCUCCUCUUCCUAUGGAGUGUGACACUGGACAGGACCAAGGUCAAGGGCUUGGUUACGGUGGUGGAGGAACUUCACAGCAGAAACAGUAUUCGUUACUUCAGAAUGUUUGUGAAUCUUAUGGACUUGUUACAAUGAAAGAAGAGGAUGACUUGAGUGAAUUUGUCCCCAAAAUGAGCCCAGAUUCUAGAGAUACAUUGCCACCUGUCCAUCUUGUGGGUGGAAGUGGCAAUUUGAGUUCCUCCCUUUUAGGAAGUGUUGGGUCUGGUUAUAUUUCAGGAGGAAGUCAGUAUGAUGUUGGGGACAAUAUGGUUGUUGAUAUUGUAUCAGGAGCUGUAGUGGAUCCACUUCAGUUUACAGCAACAUUGACCUUCUCCAGUCCUGCUGACCAUAAUGCUUUAAUGGAAAGUUUGACUGAUGACUUUUUUCUCCAAAGAAUGUCUCCAGAAGGAGAUAUGGACAAUAAUAACAACAGUGAUACAGAUCAUAACUUACUUUCUCAGGCAGGACAACAGGAUGAGUCACACAUCAGUGCCAGUCCAACGCUUCAACAACGACAAGAUCAGAAUAUACCUCCACCAAUAGAGCCAGCAGUUGAUCCGUUCCCUGAACAUUGUCAAAAUGUUCUAGGUUUAUCCCGCAACUUUGACACAUCUAGGAAUUUUGUGGCACCAACACACUUUACAAAAUCAGUAUUUUUGAAUAACAAUCAAGAUGGAUCCAGUAGUUAUCACACCUUGCCAAAAGAAAGGCCUGAAUUGGCUCUACAUAUUUCCUCUUCUAACUCACAACAACAAAUUCCAUCCCCACAAGAACAAGAUCAACCUCAUAUGCAACAGUUGCAAGUUCAGGUGCAAAUGCAACAACAGCAAAAUCAGCAACCAUUACUUUCUCCAGGGUUGUCUUUCACAGGCAGUGGACUGGAUUUAGAUUCUCCAACAUCCAUGUCUUUGCCAUCUCCUGGAGGUGCCAGCUGUAGUUUAGAUGGCAAUGGACCAGGGUCUGGAGCCAGCUCAGGUGGUGCUUCUGCCCCAAGCUCCCUCUCUCCAUCAGCUUCCUCUGCACCAGCUGCAGCCUCUGUAGGCAGCCGGAGGGAUUCUUCAGACAUUAGCAACAUUCCAUCACUUCAAGUGCGAGUGAACAUUCUGCAACAACGAUUGGGCUUGCCCGGAGAUGUUGCUUUAGAAUUUGUGAAUGGUGGUCAUGGAAUCAAGAAUCCUCUUGCAAACCAUGACCUUGGGCCUGGGCAUGCUCGUAAUCGCACCAAUGAAGCUGAGAAACUGCCUGCUCCUACCGCAUCUGAUGACCCGUCACGAUUUGUCUGCAGAAUCUGUUCGAAGACCUUCAGUUUGCAAAGACUAUUGAACAGACACAUGAAGUGUCACAGUGAUGUGAAACGUUAUUUGUGCACAUUCUGUGGCAAGGGUUUCAACGAUACUUUUGAUCUGAAAAGACACACUCGAACACACACAGGUGUGCGUCCCUAUAAAUGUAAUUUAUGUGAAAAAUCAUUUACCCAGCGUUGUUCACUUGAAUCUCAUUGCUUGAAAGUACAUGGUGUUCAGCAUCAAUAUGCCUACAAGGAACGCAGAACCAAGAUGUACGUUUGUGAAGAAUGCGGGCACACAACAAAUGAACCAGAGGUUCAUUACAUGCAUUUGAAAGAUAAUCAUCCAUACAGCCCAGCACUCUUGAAGUUUUACGAUAAGCGACAUUUCAAGUUCACUAAUUCCAACUUUGCCAAUAUGCUCUUGCAGGUGCUUUGUGCUCUGGUUGAUGGUACUUCGGGAGUAUCAGGAGAGAUUAAAGGGCAUGACCAAGCAGAACUUGUAGCUACACAAUAUUGCAAGAGUUAUAGUAGAGACUUGGCAACAUUUAUAGUUAACUAG